AUGGGCUUCUUUAGCAACCUCUUUGCGCGCAAGUCGAAUGGAAACCGUGCUUCGAUCAAGGCUCAAGCCUACAAUUCUACUGUAGCUGCUGUGCCGCCAAUUCAGGGAACAUACCCGGUUGCUGGAAAUGGACCGAACGUUUUGGAUCAAUUGCAGCGAGCAGCCAGAAAACGAAGUCGAGCUCAGCUCUCGACGGUAUCACGAGAUGUCGACCACAACCGUGAUCAUGAUUCUGCCGCGCCCCCUCCCAUGGUUUCCAGAUUCAGAGGCAUAUCUCCCUCACGACCAACCACAGCACCAAACCAAGUUAACAGCCAAACCUCACGACCUCUUUCCCUCUCGCGUAGCAUCCGCAGCUCCAAUUCAGCCUGGAGUGUUCCCGAGAAACCUACACGAGGUCGCACCGAGAAACCGCCCCCAGUACCAUCCAUCCCGACUCGUCACCGCCGCGAAAGCUCAGCCGAUUCGUUCCAGGAGAAGCGCAACUCGUUCAUCGACAUCCUCGACGCCCAGGGAGAAUUCAAGCCCUUGAACUUUCGUUCGCGCGUGGCAGCAGCCGGUGUAAGAGAAUUUGGGGAAGACGUUGCUGAGAGGAACCUGGGCGAGAACGGCGUGGACCUUAAUAGUAACGCCGCAAAAGCCUUCUACCGCCUCUCCGGGAGUGGGAAUCUCGCGUUGCCUCCUCGUGAGGAACGACCGUACGAGUACGACUAUGAGGACGAUGACGACGAUGAUUGUGCGCCCGCACCUGGUGUUCCUCAUGGCGACAUGGGAACAAGACGAAAGAGUUGGUCCAGACCAACAAGUUCAUCAGCAUGGAAAUCGUUCUCAGGGCCACUUCAUAACGAUUUGCUGAGGUCAAGCAUAUCAAAUCUCCGUGAAAGACGACCAGAGACAUCCCAAUCGCUUACCCCAGCAACGUUAUCCAAAAAGGAUCGGAGAAGAUCGUUCAACGCAUUUGCUUCUCCACCAGAGCAAGAACAUCGUAAGCCUAGACCUCUCAGUCUACAUCCAUCAAUGUCCAGCUUUUCCUACGAAAUACCAAUAUCACCGCCUUCCUCGCCACCACCAGUACAACGAUCUUAUCCAGCGACCAGCGAAGGCCGCAGCCGACGAAAGAGUUUCGGUCGCAUUGAGAUAGAUACCGUCGACGAGGCCUAUGAUGAGCCUGCACCAUUUCCAAUUGUUCCAGCGCGGUUCAAGCCCGAGCAACGGUCCAGCAUGUAUCUCGAACCAAACUACCGUUAUGAUCGUAACGACACGCAUCACCCACGCCCGGAAUCAUACCACGGAGGAUCAACUCUCUCAUCCUAUCCCCGUAGCGAAAUCUCUCAACUUUCUCGCCCCUCGAGCUCUUCAUCUAUCGACAAGUCCUUCCCACGGUCACGCACUAUGGGCAGUGUUGCUACAAGAAACCCACGUCUUGAUGACAUUAACGAGCACAUUCCCACACGAACAUCGUCUUUGAACCAAUUGCAAACAUGCGUUACACCAACAACAAUGUCCUCUGGCUUCUCGAGCAAUUUAAAUCCCCUUUCCGUUCAUCAUACACCAAGUACAUCCCUUGAUGCAUCUCUACCUCCAUCGAUCAAGAUGAAUUUGGAGCACGAGCAAGGUGCAGUGAAUCAAGACAGCUUUUAUCUCCCGGCCGAGGAGGACUAUCCCGCCGAUAUACUAGCCCCUUCACGUAUAGACAUCGAGCGAAACCUCGGCCAUCCCAUAAACGCAGGCGCUGACAUGGAUCUCUAUCUUUCCGAUGCAAGCGAAGACUCAGUGGACUCUUUCGUAGCCUGGAAAGAGAAGCGCCGCAACGAGGAGGGUCUUUUGAUGAAGGACAACUACGGCAAAACCGGGGAUGGUCUCCCUGGCCUGUUCGAGCCUUUCUCUGGUUUUGAUGCUCCAGCUGAACCUCUCCCUAUACCCAAAGUCCCAUCCGAGCCAGUCGUCUCUAAACGGCCCAAAACACCAAAAAGCCCUCUCCGACCCAGCUCACGAAGUAACAAAUCUACACCUCGACGAUCAAUUCGGAACAAUCGUCAAAGCCACAGUAACACCAACACCCCCCUUCGUAACCGCCGAAGCCCCUCGCACAAAGACGAAGAUGCAGACUCAUUCUGGGAGAGCGAUGUCCCUCAAGGUCCAGGUUUCGUCUCUCUUGCCGAUCUCGGCAUUGACCUUCGCGAACUAGGCUGGGAUCAGUACGGCCUGACAGAGGCGGACGAUGCUAAAGUGGACAUGCACACAGCCAUCAAGCUUAGAAAAGCGAUGAAGAAGAGAGAGCGGCAACGGCGGAAGGACGAGGAAGGGUGCGCAGCUGAUACCGAGGAUUGA